UGUUCACUAAAAAUAAUCUGUAUUAAAUGCUCUACAGUGUUACUUCUUUAACAUAAAUAAGUAAGUCAAUCUUGAUUUUUAUUGUACAGUAUGUGAAACCAGUACAUCUUCCACUCUAGUGCACCUGAAGAUUGACACUUGUUAGUAUCAAUUUCUGUCUUUGCCUGCAUGCCAUCAAACUUCAGUUAUACAUACAGUACUCUCUUUUCCCUUCUUUUCACAUCUGUGUUUUGUUCAUUUCUUUUCUUGGCCCAAGAGAUAUCAAUCUUCCUUUCCUUUGUGUAUGCUGUUGUGCUUUUCACAUCUCUUUUGCUUUGCUUUCUUUUUCUCUUCAUUGCUUUGCUGUAGUUCACUGGAGUUUUUAAACAUGAUGAGAUGGGAAAGAGUUGCUGUUCAUGGAGUUGAUGGAGCUAGUAAAAGGUGGAGCCACACCUGUAACGCUGUACAAGGUGGUAGACUUCUCUACGUCUUUGGUGGCUAUGACAAAGACGACGUACAAACCAAUAAAGUUCAUGUCUUUGACACUGUUAAUAGAAUUUGGAGUGAGCCAUUGAUGAAUGGAGGUUUGCCCUCACCCAGGAGUGGCCACAGUUGUACAACCAUUGGAAAUGAUCUGAUUAUGUUUGGUGGCACAAAUGGGACAGGACCUCUUAAUGAUUUGCAUAUUUUGUUCACUUCUUCAAAUACAUGGGUAUCGCCUGAUCUAAUAGGCGAUGCCCCCAAUCCAAGGGAAGGCCACAGUGCAGCACUUAUUGGUCAUGAGCUUUUCAUAUUUGGUGGAUGCGCAAAAUUUGAUGAUGCUGAAAUAUACUAUGAUGAUAUUCACAAAUUGGAUAUAGAGAAAUCUGUUUGGAUGCACAUUGUGCCAUCAGGCACUCCGCCAAGUAAGCGUGAAGGCCAGUCCUGUUCAUGUUGGAAUAGGAAGAUCAUUGUCAUAGGUGGUCGGGACAAAUCUGGCUUUUAUCAGUCAGAUGUCCAUAUAUUUGACACAGUAGAAACCUUUGCUUGGUGCAAGUUGAAUACCACAGGCCAUAUUUUGCAACCACGAACUUGGCAUACAACCAUUUCGCUGGGCAGGAAGCAGUUUGUCUUUGGGGGUUUUGAUCAUCAGAGCCUAUUUGACGACGUUUAUGUUCUUGAUGUUGCUGCUCGUACAUGGCGUGAGGUCUUCCCCAUUGGUCAGGGCCCAUCCGCCAGAUUCUCAGUUGCUGGGGAUUUUUUAGAUCCACACCAGAGAGGUGUUCUUGCAUUUACAGGUGGCUGUGGUGAGAACCUUCAACCUUUGGAGGACGUGCACUAUCUACAUACAGGCCUUGCUAGGGAGGCUGAACCUGACAUAAGAAGGAUAGCGAAAUUGUCUUUGAUGGAGCAGUUGCAUUUGAAAUUCCAGAAGCAAUACAAUAAUGCUCUCUUUAGAUUUGGUAUUAAUUCUAGAGGGAAGAUCUUGCUGAAUGGGGUUUCUCAAAUAUCUCAUAAGCACCUACACCAAAAGGAUGCCAUGGAUUCUCUGAUGAAAGGAAGAACCACUCUUGUCACAGAUCGCAGGCUUUCAACUGUCGAGAGUGCAAACAAUGUAGCUGUUGUUUCGGAUGGUCAAAUAGUCGAAAGUGGCACACAUGAUGGAUGACCUUCUGAACAAGAAUGGGAUCUACAAAGCACUUGAGGAGGAGGCAGUUGCAGGGACACAAUUCUGAUGAUAGCUAGUUUUCAUCUUUGUUAGCUAAGUACAGAUGUUGAAUGAAGUUGCAUUCACAGAUAGAAAGUGUAAGGAACAGCCAUAAUCAUCAUUCUAUAAAUGAUAGAUUUGGGUAUUUGGGUGAAUUUUAUUGAAA